AUGUUUAAAUCCUUUUUUGAUAAUUAAGAUCAGGGUUUUUGGUCACCUCGAAAAAUCAUCAACACUUGUCUUCCAAUUAUAGAGGGCAGAUUUUAUGUGCCUACCAAAAGCGUUGAUUAAUAUGAUCUAAUAUCUCUUAAAUUAUAAGGGAAAUGUCUUAUAAUGAAAGAUGGGACUAGUGAAAUUUAUGCUGACAUAGAAAAUGCUUGUCUUAUUAGAAUGGAACAACAAGGAAUUUGUUUAAUAAAAAAUUAAAUCGAAUUCUAAUUGUACGGCAAUGUUGAUGACUUUUUUAUCAAUCUCAAGCAGUAUUGUAUCCAAUCAGAUUUCCAAUCUAAAUAUCAUCUCCUCUAGGUAAUAGGACAAGGCAAUUAUGCUAAAGUCUUUAAAACCAGAAACAAACAUAACUUAGCUGAAAACGCAGUGAAAGUAUUCGACAAAUCAUCCUUUUCGUUAUUAUCAGAUAGGUCAGCCCUUGUAAAAGAGAUUCAUAUUUUAAGACAAUUGUCUCACUCGAAUAUCAUCCAAUUACAUGAGGUUUUCGAAACAAAAACUCAAAUUUAUCUCGUAUUUGAUUAUUUAUCUGGUGGUGACCUCACUAAUUUCAUCAACACCCAAUAGUUGAUAACAGAAGAACAAGCAAAAAUAAUUAUGAUGGAACUUCUCAAUGCCUUACUCUACAUGCACUCGAAAGGUAUAUUCCACAGAGACAUAAAGCCUUAAAAUUUACUGCUUCGUAAAAAGGGCCAAAUUACUGAUCUAGUUAUAGCUGAUCUAGGAUUGGCCGACUACUAUAGGAGAGACGGCAAGUACAUGUUUACUCGAUGUGGCACUCCUGGCUAUGUGGCUCCAGAAAUCUUAUUAGACUAUCCUUAUGAUUUCAAGGUCGAUAUCUAUAGUUUGGGAGCCUUGCUCUAUGUCAUGCUGACAGGGAAGCCACUCUUCAAAGGCGCUACUGAACAAGAAACAGUCCAAUUAAAUACAGAUAAUAAUUUGGAUUUUUCAAAUACUUCCUUAUCCAAACCUUGUGUUGAUCUACUACAAAAUAUGCUCAAUAAAAAUCCUUUGUUUCGAUAUUCUAUUUCUCAGUGUAAGACUCACGAAUGGUUCUAAUUGGAUACUCAACCUAUCUUUAUUCGUCUACGACAUUCAAUGAAAUCUAAACUUCAAUUCAACCUCGAUUUAAACAGCGAAGACAGUAGUCCAAGCAGUCCCAAGAAAAGUUAAAAGCUGUUCAAAAUUAAAACGAAUUUGCUCUCUCCUAGGUUAAGUGGAAGCUCAACUUCUAGUUUUGAGAGGUAAUGUCAAAAGAGCAGCAUAACUUGCAAAACGGAACCGUCGGAGUAGAAGUCCACAUUUAAUAAGCUAAAAUUAUCAAAGUAAAGAUUAUCUUAAAAAUAUUGA